AUGGAGACCGCCGCGCACACUCGUACAAGGUCGUUCGGUAAUCGCAACCGCCACCCCUGCGACUUCUGCCGAUACAAGCGCGCGGCCUGUCUGCUGCCCGGGCCCCCGCCCUGCGAGCUCUGCCGGCGGCAGGGCAAAGAGUGCACGUUUGUCGAAGGGCCGAACAAGAGACGGCGCGUUGCGGAGCGGGUUCACAGUCCUUCCGACGAUGGCCUGGAGAGUCCGACGUACCACACCCGGGCUCCGUCCGAUACGGAGAUGAGGUCUCAGUCGGGAGAGAUGAGUUCGCCGUUGAAUGAGAUGCACUUCAUCGCCGAUGGGGCAGAACCAACGAGUCUGGUCUCCCCGACCGGGUUCCAACGGGAGUGUCCAGAUGUGUUGUUACCGGCAUCACUCGACGCUAAACUCAACCACAACGCGCAAGUCAUCGGCCUCAGCGGCGAAUCGGACCCGUACCUACUUCAGCUUUACCAGUUUGACGAGAAGGAUGAGUGCGAAUUUCAGCAAUUGCGCAUCCGAAACAUGGGUAUGGAUGAUGGGGUCCCUGUUCAGUUCAUGCUGCAGGAUAAUUCGUUGGCGAGCAGAGCACAGCCAGGAGAUUUUGGAGCCAGCGAAUCAGAUAUCAAAAAUGAGGUCCUCAACAUGGUUUCUGAGGACGUCGGUAGGAGACUCUUAAACUUGUUCUGGCGCUAUGUACAGCCGUAUUUCCCCAUCCUUUCGAUGGAAUACAUCAUGCAAGAUAACAACGGGGACCCAUCAACGUUGCCAACAUCCCUGGCAGCAGCCAUCUACGGGCAUGCACUCCCCUUCUGCGUUUUCGAUGACAAACUGUGCGUCGACGUUUACACGCCUCCUUCGGCCGACCGUCUUUUCAAGCUUGCAUGGAUGGCUGCUCUUUCCCAGUUUCACACGCCAUCGCUAGCCACCGUGCAGACGAUGCUUCUUCUCAUACAGCGACGCCCAACAAACAGACACGUGGCCGACACGCCGUUCAAAUGGGUCAUGCUAGCUGACACGGUGGCUCUCGCACAAUGCCUCGGUCUCAAUCUGGACCCCAGUGACUGGUCAAUACCGCCGUGGGAGAAGCGCCUCCGUCGACGGCUGGCAUGGGCGGUGUACGUGCAAGACCGGUGGCUGAGUCUGAACUUUGGUCGGAGUUCGCACAUCCAGGAAUGUGACUGGGAUGUCUCUUCUCUGGGACCUGAGGACUUUGGAAGCCUCUCGGGGAUUGAAGAUGAACCUGCGAUAUCCAAGCACUUUCUACACCUGGCGUCGCUGACAGAGAUUGUAUCAAAGAUUCAGCUGAACAUGUUGCCGCUGCGAAUUGAGCUCGCUCAGUGGUCCCAGGACCAUCCUGAUGUGGGUGAACAGCCCUCGCCAGCUUUACCUCAUCAUGGGCUCGACGGCAAUGGCAGUCUCCGGCUUGCAUAUAUCACUGCAAAGGUUGCCGUUUUCAAGGCAUUAUUGCGACCAAAGAGUAACGAGGCCCCUGCAGAAGCCCGCGCUGCAUUGCGGACGGGAGCCAUGGCCGUCGCCAGGGAGAUGUACGAUUUCCUUGCCAAGCUGGGGCCUCAUCAUCUGGAAGCCUUCUGGCAUUCGUACUCUCGUGUCAACUUCGCCAUCGCCAGUAACUUCAUUGUCCUUCUCUUCGCCCUUUCUCCGACUUUGCCCGAUGCUGAAGACGCUCUCACACUUUUGACUCAGUGGCGAAGUUUGUUGCGCAUCAAAUCGAGAAGCUGCGAUUUGCUGAACCUCAGUCUGCUACGACUAGACGCAACGUUUGUUGCAGGACUGGGGAAGCUCAUUGAACUGGCUCCUGCGGCUGCAGAGGCAGUUCUGAACCGGAAGCUUUGA